AUCUGUAUGUGUCAAAUGAUUAUGCGUAAGGAAGUGUAUUAAUCUACAAACAAUGGCAGAUAAUUUAUUAUCUCUUGGGGAGGUGUGCCUGGGUACAGCAGUCACAAAGUAAUACAGUGUUAUCUUUGAUAACGAAUACGCACCCGGUUGUCACCAGCAAAAGCUCUCUAAUAAAGCUUUAGUUAGCGCCCAGUAAGGUCAAUUCAUCCAUUAGAAACAAAUUCCAUCUCCAGAAGGUGCAAAUAAUAAAAAAAAAAAAACGCAAAGCGGCACAGAACAUUAGGAAUUUUAAACAAAUAGGCUAUAAUUUAUUUUAUGUAAUUAAGUCUACAAAAAUCUCAUUCGCCCUUUCUCGCUUUACCUCGUCCACUCAAUAGAGAAUAAGAGAGCAUUAAUUGAUCCACCAAGCUUCUCCUUUCCGGUUGCCUGCGAAAGAGUGCGUCUCUGUACCUCUGCACUUACCACGGUCUCUCGCUGUCUUCUGUUUCCUCUCUCCACCUCUUUUCCUCCCCUCCUCCCUCUCUCUCUUCACAAACACACACCGCUCCGCCCGCUCCACAGUGUCUCAUUCACUUUAGUGUGUGACCCACGCACUGCUCCGACUCACUUGUGGGGAGGGAGUGCUGGAUAUAGGCUUUUGUGACAGACCCCAGGGCAAGACUGAAUCCAGUUCCCGUGCGAAGAUACACCAGGGCUAGAAGUAUCCCCCAAAAAGUGCGCUAAAGGAUCAGUUAAAGCGAUAAAGCUUCAUCCUCAGAUUCCUCGCUUUACUGAAGCUUCAAACGAGCAUUGACGUCUUUUCGAUUAUACUCAGAAUUGCUGGAGGUAAUUAGGCGAAAUAGCCGCUGAAGCUGCUGGAUCUAAAAUUAAGACGUUUUUAAAAAAUAAUAAACAGCCUGAAGACUUUACGAACGCUAGUUUGGAAAAUGAAAAUUUUUCCUGUAUUUUGACCAAUGCUAUUUAAACUUGGAAUUAGACAUUUCAAGUACGUUUUAUUUGUUAUUUAUUCCGUUAUUUUACUUUUUGUACGUCAACCAAAAAUAUUCCGUCUGUAAGCAUCGUUAUAAUGCUAGUUUGUGCUUGUGACAGUAAUACAUUCAACUUAUUAAAAUUAAGCCUGUGGGAUUUUUGAUGGGCUGUUACGACAUUAUUUGGAUGGAAAGCGAGGACAGAAACUAUAUGGAUCGUCCAAGUUUCUCAAGAUAUCUCUGGUCCUACAGAUUCCACUGAAUGCCAAGGCCAUUUAACGUGCAGAAAUGGCUAGUGGUGUGUUUCAGUAAAGAUUUUUUCUACUUUGAGACGAAGUUCAACACUGGAUCAACAGAGGAAGCAGUCCAGGUACACAAGAAAAAGUGAAACAGCUUACAUUCCUCUCAGCUGCUCGCUUGCUUCAUAACCCUGGUCAUGAAUAUGCUUAGUCAUUUGAACAGCAUCCUGCUGCUGCUCCUUAGCCUGACCUCAGCAUUACCAUCAGGUCCUGCUUUGGACACCUGUACAACACUAGUACAGGGUCGCUUCUUUGGCUUUUUCUCCUCGUCUGCCGUCUUCCCCACCUCUUCAUGCUCCUGGACCCUGCAGAACCCAGACCCGCGGCGCUACACCAUAUUCAUCAAGGUCACCAAGCCCCCCAGGGGUAAAUGUGCACCCCACCAGUUUCGCACCUACCAGUUUGACUCCUUUCUGGAGAGCACACGUACCUACCUUGGCAUGGAGAGUUUUGAUGAGGUGGUGAAGCUGUGUGACACCUCAGUGCCUGUCGCCUUUCUUCAGUCUGCCAAACAGUUUCUGCAGAUGCGCAAGGUCAUCCUACAGGAUGGCAGGGACAUUGUGGAUUCCGAAUUCAAGACAGAGUAUCUGGUAAUGGGCAACCGCAACCUCAGUAUGCCCGCCUGCCAGAUGCUGUGCCAGUGGCUGGAAGAUUGCCUGGCAUUCAGUACCCCUGGCCGGCCCUGUGGAAUCAUGCAGACUCCCUGUCAAUGCGGAAAAGCAGGCAUUCCACAGAACUCCGAUGGCUGCUUCCAAGGUGACAUGUACCUGGAAAACUGCAUUUCCAGCGUGAGGGACGUGCCUCGCGAUGCCGAGAUUAUGGGUGGGUGGAGCUGGUGGAGCCACUGGGGAGAGUGUAGCAGUGACUGCGGGGGUGGGGUUCAGACAAGGAGUCGGACAUGCCAUGCAUCCCCAGACCAGCCCCACCUCUGUCAGGGUGUGGUUGAGGAGGGCCGGCCCUGUAACCCACAGCCCUGCAUUGGCAAAGUACGCUACACCUCCCGGAGCCAGUCCCUUCGUUCUAUUGACAGCCGUCGCCGGGACGAUGCUGACAAGCCUCGCUAUGGUCUUCUAGCUCCUCAAUCAGGACCCCCCCCCAAAGGCACGCACUCCGGGCACGCCCCAGGGGAGGUGACGGACGCGACGAGACUGGGGACACGGGACCUGGAGAGACAAAAGCUAGAAAAACUCAAUGGAGCACUGGGAACAAGACAGACACGCAGAACAGACACAGGGACAGCAACUCAGACAACCACCGACAAACCACGGGGAAAGCGGACAGACACAAAAACACCAAUGACGGAAACAUGGGACCCGGGGACACUAAAGGGGACGAUGGAGGGACCACACCAGGGAGCACACAGGGACGAACAGGGGGCAGGGGCACAAAUGGACGAGAAGGACCUACAAAGGAAGCGAAAGGGGACAAAGGCACAGAAGAACGUGGAGAACAUGUGGGGGCCACAAAGGGACUAG